GCAGACUGCUCCAGUUGACUCAGGUUUGAAGGUUCCUUCUCCAGACGCCAUGUUUCAGCUCCUUCCACAGAUGUUCAAUAGGAUUUAGAUCAGGGCUCAUAGAAGGCCACUUCAGAAUAGUCCAAUGUUUUCCUCUUAGCCAUUCUUGGCUGUUUUUAGCUGUGUGUUUUGAGUCAUUAUCCUGUUGCAAGACCCAUGACCUGCGACUGAGACCAAACUUUCUGACACUGGGCAGCACAUUUCUCUCUAGAAUACCUUGAUAGUCAUGAGAUUUCAUUGUACCCUGCACAGAUUCAAGACACCCUGUACCAGAUGCAGCAAAGCAGCCCCAGAACAUAACAGAACCUCCUCCAUGUUCCACAGUAGGGACACUGUUCUUUUCUUGAUAUGCUUCAUUUUUGCGUCUGUGAACAUAGAGCUGAUGUGCUUUGCCAAAAAGUUCCAGCUUUGUCUCGUCUGUCCAUAGGAUAUUCUCCCAGAAGCUUUGUGGCUUGUCAACAUGCAGUUUGGCAAAUUCCAGUCUGGCUUUUUUAUGAUUUGUUUUCAACAAUGGUGUCCUCCUUGGUCUUCUCCCAUGAAGUCCACUUUGGCUCAAACAACGACGGAUGGUGUGAUCUGACACUGAUGUACCUUGACCUUGGAGUUCACCUUUAAUGUCUUUAGAGCAGACCUGGGCAUCCUACGGCCCGCGGGCCACAUCCUGCCCGCCGGAUGGCCCUGACUGGCCCGUAUGAGGUCACUGGAAAAUAUUAAAAGUCAAUGCAAAUAUAUAUCAUCACAAUACAUGCAAGCAAUACGCCUGCACUGCUUUUAUUUUGAAAGAUCUGCUAAAUUACCGUUCUUUCGCGCGCGACCUUACGUUUUUUUCGCCCGUGCUUUCCGUACUUAGCAUAAAGUUUAUGCGCUGAAUGGUUUGUUUGUUAGCUUCAGCCCGGGAAGAUGUCAGCUAACGGCAAAAAAGAAAGAUUGAUUCCCAGUGCAGAGUUUUUAACAAGGCAUGGACUUCCAAGUAUUUCUUCACUGAAGUCAGAGGUAAAGCUGUGUGUCUAGUUUGUGGCGAACAGAUCGCGGUGCUCAAGGAUUAUAAUCUGAAUCGACAUUACGAGAGCAAACAUGCGGAGAAGUACAAACAUUUACUGAUGCAGAGCGGGGAGGAUAUCUGAAGGUUUGCUAGCUAAACUGCUAAAGCAGCAAUGACUUUUUACCAAAGCUCACACAUAAAGGACUCAGUAAGCCAUUCUCUGAUGGAGAGUUUGUCAAAGAAUGUCUGGUGGACUCUGCAGCGUUUAUAUGCCCGGAGAAGAAAGGAGCGUUCGUUAAUGUGCCCUUUUCCAGGCGAACCAUAACGAGGCGGGUGGAGAGCAGCGCAGAAAGUCUGGAGCUUCAGCUGCACAACAAAAGUGGACGAUUUUGACGUUUUCUCCUUGGCUCUGGACAAGAGCUGUGAUGUCCGUGACACAGCCCAGUUACUCAUCUUUGUACGUGGACUAACAAAAACCUUUGAGAUGACGGAGGAGCUGGCAGCUGUGCAGCCAAUGAAGGGAACCACGACGGUUCACUGAGGUAAAUACAUGCAUGAACAAGCUGGGACUAAAAUGGGAGAGUUUGGUUGGUGUUACAACUGAUGGCUGUCCAAAUUUGACAGGGAAAAAUGUUGGACUUUUGAAACGGAUGCAAGAUAAAGUGACUGUAAUAAACCCAGAACAGAAACUGAUAUUUUUGCAUUGUAUUAUACAUCAGGAGGUGCUGUGUAAGUCAGUGCUAAAAAUCAACCACGUGACUGAUGUUGUAACUAAAGUAGUUAACUUCAUCAGGGCAAGAGCAUUGAAUUACAGACAGUUUGUUGUCUUUUUGGAGGAGAUGAUAGUGAACAUGGUGACCUUGGUUACCAGACAGCUGUCAGAUGGAUCAGCCUGGACAAGGUGCUGAAACGAGUUUGGGAUCUGAGAGCAGAGAUUCAAGAGUUUUGUGAGAAGAAAGGCAGGGACAUCAAGCUGCUUGGAGAUGGUCUUAUAGCUUUUACCUUUAACAUGCUGGUCUAUAAUUUUCUUUCUAAUCUCCUGAGACAACUCUCUCCUUGGCUUCCUCUGGUCCAUGUUUAGUGUGGUACACACCAUGUCACCAAACAGCACAGUGACUACUGUAACCCUAUAAAUAGGCCGACUGACUGAUUACAUGUUUAUAGACACCUGUGAUGCUAAUUAGAGGACACACCUUGAUGGAACAUGUCUCUAUGGUCACAUUGUUUUCAGUCUUUUCUAGGGGUACCAUCAUUUUUGUCCAGGCCUUUUUCAUGAGUUUAUUUUUUAAAAUAAUUCUAUUAAAACAGGAUUCAAAAGCAAUGUCUGAUUUUCAUUGGUUAAUUUUCAUAGAAUUUUUAUUUAUUACUACUUUUGUCGGAUUCAAAUUAUUUCUGUGACCAUUGUGGGUUUUUCUUUCAUUAACCGAGGGAUACCAACAAUUUUGUCUGUGUGUGUAUAUCUGUUCUUCUUAUUAUUAUAUAUCUAUGUUCUAUGUGUAACAGAUAAAUUAAUAAUCUUCACUUAUUUUAGCAUCAGCUAGAAAGCAAAAACACACAAAAAAAUGUUUUUUAAUUAAUUGUUAAAGCUCUAAAAAAAAUCACUGAGAAGUCGGCAUUCGGAGGCAGCAGGAUUUAUUGUCAACAAAAACCCAGGAGUAGUUCUUAGCAGUGAUUAACACGCCAAGAAAAAGCAGAGAUACUGAGAUGUGUAUCGUCUUUUAUGCUGUGAGAGUUGGUCAUUUUUCCACGCAUAUAGGACGUAUGAUAGGAGUGACAGUUUUGACACCAUUAUACUUUUCUAAAUCUACUGGUCAAAUCAUGACGUCGGGUUAUCAUAUUUCACCCAUAGAUCUUACUUGACAGACGACAUUAGGUUAUCAUUAGCUCAUCUUUUACAGAGAACAUGCCCAGAUAUGUUCAGACUUUGCCCUAUGAGAAGUUAUACUGAUGUAACCCUCCUGUUGUCCUCAUUUAUGGGCACCAAAAAAUAUUGUUUCCUUGUCUAAAAAAAGUCCAAAAAUUCAGCAAAAAAAAUCCCCAAAUUUCUGAAAAUUUGCAAAACCUUCAGGAAGAAAAUUCCAAUAAUGCCUUAAAAGUUUCCCUUAAAAGUUUUAUUUUAAGAAAAAAAAAAAGGGUUAGGGUUAAAUAUUUUCAAAAAAAUGAGUAAAAAUCUUCCAAAAAAUUCUAAAAAUAUCUAAAGUGAUUACAUAUAUAUCAGUAAAACUUUUAAUAUUUUCUUUAGGAAGCGAAAUUUGCUGGAUUUUGGUAGAUUUUUUGGUGAAUGUUCUUAAAAAACAUUUUGAACAUUUCCUUUUUCCACCCAAAAAUGUUCACAGAUUUCCCAAAAAUGUUGAAAAUGUGGACAUCAGAGGUUUCACUGUGAAAAUAUAUAUAUUUUUCCACAUUUUUAAACUUUAAACCGGGUCAAUUUUGACCCGCAGGACGACACGAGGGUUAAGUUUACACCAUUGUGUUCUGAGUACUCCACAUAUCAUUUUCUACCAAGCAUGUAUCUUCACACCAAAGUUACAGGUUAUACCUCAUGAUCAAACAUCAGUCAUUCAUCAUUAUGUAUUUUAUACAUAUGUUUUAUAUUAGUCUUAAGUCUAAUAGCUUUUGCCAUAAUUAUAUCAUCUUUUACCUUUAGCUCAUCUUAAUCAGAAAAUAUUACACUACACCAUGACUCCCAUGUUUUUCUAUUACAUUACUACAUGCUGAUGUAAAAAAGAUAAUCUGCAGUUUUUUUUUUUGUUUUUUUUUUAAUCUCCUGCCUCUGAUCUAUUUGAUGCAUCUGGCCGGUGCGUCAUCUGAAUGUAAAUCCACAGCGCCUAUCAUGCAGUAUCUGUAUCGAUCUGUGUGUUAGCGGGAACUUACGGAUGUCUGUGUGGUCUCAGUGGACAGCUGGUGCUGAACAUCAGUUCAUUCCACUGAGAUUACACAUCUGUAUUAAUCCCAGUCAGAGCCGCAGAGAAUCUGGGAACGACUUUUAUGAUGAUGCUGUUGAAGGCCUGAGAGUGUUGAUGGAUCGCCAGCCGCAGAAACCGGUCAGUCCGGUGCAACCUGGACCCGGUGCGUUAAGCGGAGCCGGCCCAGGUUUAACUCCACAGCUCACGAUCCAGGAACCUCCUCUGAUCAGUCCUCCAGAGGUCCUCAAGAAACCGUCUGGAACGAGUCCCACGCCGACAGAUCGAAUGCAGUCAGGGGAGGCAAAGUCUGGGUCCGGUCCAGCAACCCUGGCGAGCAUCAGUCGGCCGAGACCGACUGCUCUUGGAACUAAACCUUCUCCAAAGCCGACCAGGAUCACCCUGGACCACUCGCUCUGGAAGGAAAUAGAUUUGAUCCCCGUUAACAUCCCAGGACCUCAGAGUGCCAACGUCCUGCCACAUACUCCAACAGAGUUCACGUUGCCGGCUCACAGUCCUCAGAGCCCCCACAGCCCUCAGACCUACCUGAGCCCCAUCCCACCCUCCAGCCUCAGCCCCAAGUCCAGCCUCAGUCCUCAGCAGAGGACGCCUUCACCCGGGGGCUCCACUCAGAGCCAGACUCAGUCGGACAAGACAGAGGGAGAAAACAACGACUUCAGGGUCCACAUCGUCACAUGGAACGUGGGAUCAGCUGUACCGCCGGAUGACAUCACUUCUCUGUUUGGACCAAAUGUUUCAGAUGGGAACAUCGACAUGUUUAUCAUCGGACUCCAAGAAGUCAACUCCAUGAUAAACAAGAGGCUGAAGGAUGCUCUUUUUUCAGACCAGUGGAGCGAGCUCUUCAUGGACACGCUCAGUCCGUUUGGUUAUGUUUUGGUGGCGUCCCAGAGAAUGCAGGGAGUGCUGCUGCUGGUUUUCUCUAAAUUCUGCCACCUUCCAUUCCUCCGAGGUGUGCAGACAGAGAGCACUCGCACAGGACUGGGAGGAUACUGGGGGAAUAAAGGGGGCGUCAGCGCCAGGAUGACAGUGUUUGGACACCCGGUGUGCUUCCUCAACUGUCACCUGCCGGCUCACAUGAGGAACCUGGAGCAGCGGAUGGAGGACUUUGAAAGCAUCCUUCAGCAGCAGCAGUUUGAGGGAGGGACGGCGACCGGCGUACUGGACCAUGACGUUGUGUUUUGGUUUGGGGAUUUAAAUUUCCGUAUUGAAGACUACGACAUCCACGUGGUGAAAUGUGCCAUAGACAGCAACAAGCUGCCUCUGCUGUGGGAGCGAGACCAGCUCAACAUGGCUAAAAACACAGAAUCCAUCCUGGAAGGCUUCAUGGAGGGGCCGCUCAACUUCCCACCGACAUAUAAGUUUGAUGUUGGCACUCAUACGUACGACACCAGUGCUAAGAAGAGGAAACCUGCCUGGACAGAUCGCAUCCUCUGGCGCCUUCGUCGCACCGGUUCCCCAGUUCCUACCCACAAUGCAGCGCUGCAGCGGGGUCUGACCUCCUGGUUGGGGGGCGCAACUAAAGUGACGCAACACGUGUACCGAAGCCACAUGGGCUUCACCAUCAGCGACCACAAACCUGUUUCUGCUCUGUUUUCACUGCAUUUCCCAUUCAAGGUGGAAAUGCCUCUGGUGGAGCUGCAGGUAAAUAAGGAGUGGAGCAAACUCUCAGACGCUACAGUCAGAUUCACCGUCGCAGCAACUUAUCAGCGCAGCUCGUGGGACUGGGUCGCAAUAUACAAGGUUGGAUUCAGACAUCACAAAGAUUACCAGGCGUAUGUGUGGGCCAAAGGAGAGCAUGCGACACAGGUGACGUUCUCAGAGGAGGAUUUGCCAAGAGAUGACUGUGAAUACAUGCUGGGUUACUACAGUAAUAACAUGAACAGCAUCGUUGGAUUGUCGUCACCGAUUCAGAUCAGGAUGCCCGUCCACAGCCCCACCGUGUGUCGCUCUGAGAGCUCCGACGUCAGCUCCGAAGACGACAGCACUCUGGUCCUGCUGGCUCCAAACUCCCGCAGCCCGAGUCCCAAAACCGGCAAACACCACCACCGCCACCGUCGCAGCCGCAGCCCCGCUGUUCCCUCUCUGUCGUCCAACCCCCUCCCCUCCCUGCAGGGACUCAGCCUCUGUCCUCGCUCCAAAGACGGCCAGACGAGAAGCCGCUCGCCCUGCUCUGCCUCUAAGAAGGAGCGCCUGGUCUCCCCCGACACCGUGCCGUCUCCCACCAUCAGCCCCCUCACCCCCCGCAGCCCCGUGUCUCCGGGCGGCGGCGUCACGGCACCGGAGGCCCUGAUCGCCGCCAUCCUAGGUGAACCCAGACCAGCUCAGGUUAGCCCCACAGGGGUGAAACACAUAAGGAAGGCAGGGGAAACGGACGCUGCAAAGAACGUGAAGAUCAAGAGUUAAACUGAGAUGCAGGACGAGGAGGACGAGGGCGAUAUCCAUGUGUUCUGGGUCUGAUCCGACCUCCACGCUGUCACUGUGCUCGUAGAAGCAGCACAUUUAAUGACUCCUAACGUAGUUUGCAAACAUUCCACAUUGUAGCCCUGCAGCUCCCUGUUUCUCAGUCAUCUCAUACACUACUGUAUGUGUAUCUCAGAGUCAAAAAUGUGUCCAGACUCUCAAUGACAAGUGCUUUUAUAGACUCAUAAGCUAUAUCAUACAUAAACAAAGCAUAAUGAAUGUGAAACCAAAGUGAUGGAUGCGGCCAGUUAUUAUUGACAGCAAUAUGGAUCCAUGUAAGCAGUCUGAUAUCACAUAAGGACCCUGGACCACAAGCAUCGAUGGUAUCAUUGUUCACAACAGAGAGUGUGUGUGUAUGUGUGUGUGUGUGUGUGUGUGUGUGUGUGUGUCUUUUUGUGUAGGCCUAUGUGUUAAAACAUUAAUUAUACGUGUGAAAUUUCCAACCCAAUGGUGGUUUUCACUCUAUAGGUCUUGGUCUGUAUUCAUAAAAGAAGUCUAAUGUGUCCAAGAGUGGAGAUUUUAGAGCAUUUUAUCACCUCAAGUCAAUCUGAAAUUUACACGUGACUGUGAAAUUGAACUGUAAUCCCAGACCAGUGCUCUUAUUCUUAGCUGCUUUGUGAAUACAGCCCCUGUUCUAUGGAGCUCAGUGAAUGGACGUUUAGGCUAAUGUGGUCGUUUUGCUUCAAGGAAAACAGUGCUGUUUAACUGUGUGAGUGUGCAAAUAAAACAACAACAAAUGGGAAACUAAA